AUGUCGCCAUCUACCAUUAAUGUGUCUGUGAUGUUGCCAAGUGAUUCAUCUCUGUCCCUGAGCAAAAGGUCUAGAAUGAAGCAGCCAGAGCAGGGUUGGGUCUUUUUGCUUCCGUUGCUGUCGGCAUAUUUUUCUCAUGCUGAACAGCAACUAUGCACACACAGAGGAGACCCUGAGUUCCCACAACUAGUGAAGGAUGGAGACAUCAUGCUGGGGGGAGUCUUCACUUUCCGUGUCAGCUGGAACAAAGAAGAGACGACUUAUGAGGAAAAACCUCUGCGCCUACAGUGCACCAGUUUGAAUUUCAGAGAAUUCCAGAUGCUCCAGGCUAUGCUUUUCACCAUCGAGGAGAUCAAUAACAGCUCGGACCUGCUACCAGGGAUUUAUCUGGGCUGUAAGAUUUAUGACACUUGUGGCUCCAUUGCUAGAAGUAUUAAAGUGUCUCUGGAAUUGGUCAAUGGUAAUGAAAAUGUGUCUGCAACUUCCGAGGCAUGUGCAAGACCUGCACAAGUGCAGGCUAUAAUGGGGGAAGCCUCGUCGUCUCCGAGCAUGGCUAUAGCUACUGUCAUUGGACCAUUUUCUGUCCCACUGAUAAGUCAAUUUGCCACAUGUGCUUGUCUCAGUGAUAAAUCCAAGUACCCCUCAUUUCUCAGAACAAUACCGAGCGACUACUAUCAGAGUAGAGCUCUGGCCCAGUUGGUGAAGCACUUUGGUUGGACUUGGAUUGGGGCUAUUAGAACCAACGACGACUACGGCAACAACGGCAUGGCCACGUUCACGGAAACUGCCGAGCAGUUGGGCGUCUGUCUGGAAUAUUCUCUAACUUUUUUCCGAACAGAUCCGUGGGACAAGAUACAAAAGAUAAUCGAAACAAUCAGGUCUUCCACCUCGAAGGUGAUCGUCGCUUUCAUUUCCCAAGCGGACAUGGAUGUUCUCCUGCAAGAGCUUUCCAGGUCCAACUUGACUGGCUACCAGUGGGUUGGCAGCGAGGCCUGGAUCUUUGAUUUUCAGAGUGCCUCGAGAGAUAAUAAGCGCAUUUUAGACGGAGCCAUAGGCCUUUCCAUCCCCAAAGCGCAUGUCAGUGGACUCAAAGAGUUCAUACUUGAUGUGAAACCGCUGUAUUUAACAAGCAAUGACUUGUUUGUAGAGUUCUGGGAGGAGUUAUUUAGCUGCAAAGUCAAACAGUCAGAACCAGGGGAAACCCAGAGGCUCUGCACUGGCCAUGAGAAUCUGACUGGAGUGGAAAACAGCUUCACUGAUAUGUCACUAAUGCCCAUAUUUAGCAAUAUGUAUAAAGGAGUGUAUGCAGUGGCUCAUGCGCUGCAUGAUAUCCUAGGUUGUAAUAAAACAUGCAACAACAAGGUGCCACUACUAGACCCACUAACGAUUUUACAGCAUAUAAAAGGAAUUCGCUUCAAAACAAAGGAAGGAGAAGAGGUUUACUUCAAUGAGAAUGGAGACCCGGCAGCAAAAUAUGAUAUUAUAAACUGGCAGCCAAGAGAAGACGGCCCUGUGAGCUUCGAGACAGUCGGUCGUUAUGAUGCAUCUUUACCUGCAGAUGAGCAGAUGAAUGUGCAGCAGAAGUCUGUAGUUUGGGCUCAAAAUUCAGAGCAGGUCCCAGUUUCAGUUUGCAGUGAGACGUGUCCACCAGGAACACGUAAGGUUCUCCAGAAAGGAAAACCUGUGUGCUGCUACGACUGUAUAAAAUGUGCAGAGGGAGAAAUAAGCAACAGCACAGAUUCUGUCAGCUGUGUGAGAUGCCCCCUUGAAUCCUGGCCGAAUGAGAAGAGAGACGCUUGCGUAAAGAAGGAGGCCGUGUUUCUUUCAUAUGAAGAAAUUAUGGGAGCGUUGCUCACCGCAGCGUCUCUGUUCGGAACGUGCAUGACUUCUGUCGUGGCGUACAUUUUUGUCAAAUACAGGAACACGCCUCUUGUCAGGGCAAACAACUCUGAGCUGAGCUUCCUGCUGCUCUUCUCCUUAAAGAUGUGUUUCCUCUGCUCUCUGACGUUCAUCGGCCAGCCCUCUGACUGGUCCUGCAUGCUGCGGCACACAUCGUUUGGCAUCGCCUUUGUCCUCUGCAUCUCCUGUGUCCUGGGGAAAACCAUAGUGGUUCUAAUGGCGUUCAAAGCUACACUUCCUGGUAGAAACGUGAUGAAAUGGUUUGGACCCGUACAGCAGAGACUGAGCGUGUUGGGUUUCAGCGUAGUACAAGUUAUCAUCUGUAUCCUCUGGUUGAUAAUCUCUCCUCCAUUUCCAUCCAAGAAUUUUAAAGAAUUUAAAGACAAAAUAAGCUUGGAGUGUGCUCUGGGCUCUUCUGUUUGCUUCUGGGCUGUGCUUGGUUACAUUGGGUUUCUCGCCACAUUGUGUUUUAUUUGUGCAUUUCUGGCUCGUAAACUGCCGGACAAUUUCAACGAAGCCAAAUUCAUCACCUUCAGCAUGUUGAUAUUCUGCGCUGUGUGGAUCACUUUCAUCCCAGCGUACGUCAGCUCUCCUGGGAAGUUCAGUGUGGCUGUAGAAAUCUUUGCUAUCCUGGCCUCCACUUUUGGGCUGUUAAUUUGUAUUUUCAUCCCCAAAUGUUAUGUCAUAUUAAUGAAACCAGAAAGAAAUACUAAAAAGAGUAUGAUGGGAAAGGGGGCUUGA